AUUGGGUGGGGCCUGGGGCAGCCAGGGGCCGGGCCCCACAGAAGGGAAGGGGCCCGCUCCCGCCGCGUGGAGAGGGAAGUGCCAACCUCUGCACAAGUUUUGUCGAGAAAUCUUUGCUUUUCUCUACAUCAGCGGCCACUCUGAAGCCAAAUUUCUGCUCUGACUGCGCCUAUUGCAUUUAAUGCAGCCGGUGCAAAAGAUAUGACAUUAAAUUCGGAUGGUUAUUAAUUGUCACUGGCAUAGCAUUGAGAUCGAUUCCUCCGAACUUCGCUUUCGUCGCUCUCUCUCUCUCUCUCUCUCUCUCUUGCACUCACGGGGUGUCCCUUGUAGGUGCAAGAGAGACAGCGAAUCAGCGCGCUGACGUGACUGUAGGGCCACGACGGCCACCACUCCGCGAACCCCGCCACGCCGCCACGCCGCACGCUGCCAAUCCGUCGCCGUUCUCUGUCUUUCCCAUGUGAUCGGUGUAUCUCGAAGUUUCCUGCAGUCCGGUCCGUUGGUCUAGGGGUAUGAUUCUCGCUUAGGGUGCGAGAGGUCCCGGGUUCAAAUCCCGGACGGACCCUGUUUUUCGGGCGCACGGCUUGAUUCCAUUCACCAACGCCAACUCUUGUCACAUUUUAUGCGAGUGCCCCCACGGUAUUCUAGGUGGAGCGCACGGUCCUAAGAUUGUAAGGUUCGCAGAGCCUCUGGCCUAGCGCCUCGCCGAGCGGCCGAAGGUGUAGGUGCCGCUUGCUGACCGCGCAGAUUGGCCAAAAAAGCUGUUUCAGCCGUUCUAAUGAAACACUUUCGCUUUUGUACGGAGCGGUAUUUGAGUGGGGGACGGACUGUCGAGGGCGGGCCCGGGCGGGCCUGUCUUUCUCCCCAACGUGUGGACCUGGGACUCCUCCGCCCAGUUUCACCUCUGAAACCCGUGCCGCAGGGCAUGCUCGCCGCGGCCCGGGCCCGGCCGGGCCGGUUGUGAAGCAGAAGUGGGUCACGCAUUGUCUGCCCGCCAAUUGGUGGGGAGCCGUGCUCUGAUUGGUCCAAAACCGGCUGUGGCUGCGCUUUUCAAUACUUUCGACUUGCAUGUUCAACACCGGGGGCGUAGCUCAGAUGGUAGAGCGCUCGCUUAGCAUGUGAGAGGUACGGGGAUCGAUACCCCGCGCCUCCAUCUUUUUUCCGGGAGUUUUGGACUGAUUUUGCACAUCGGUCUCGGCGGUCUCGGUGUAGCGCCUGUGGAGCGCUGGGUGGGCAGCCAGUCGGCCACGACUGUUUGGCGGGUCGGCCUGCCGUCCCGGCUGUCGGACGCCGCCCGCCUCCUUCAUCUCGCCGGCUGUGCGUCCUAUUCUCGAGUGUAGCAUGCCUCGCAGUGUUUUCCUAAGGAGUUGGCACCUCACUUUUAUUUACACUACGGCAAAUAGUGUUAUUUUUUUCUACGAAGAAGUUUUGGGUUUUUCGUGGUGGUUUAUUUUUUUAAUACGAGCAGAAAAAUAAAUUGUCUGAACUGUUCCGUGUGUCUCAUAACUAUUUUAUCCCUUUCAUCAACGAAAAAUUACUGAAAUUUUGAAAAAAUGCGCCUUUGUGUAGCAGGGAUGGCCACAGUCAACUGUUUUUUCAUAUUGAUGUGUGCCAACUCUAAAUAACAAAAACUGGCAGAUUUUGAAGGAAAUGAAUGGGAUAUAGGAGUGAAAUAGCUCAGAAGACAUGCGUAAUUGAAUUCUCAUUGGAAAAGCUCGUUUGUUCUUGCUCCGCAUGAAUUUAAUUCACUAGGUGGGGCAGUUACGUGGUAGCUUUUAUGUCAUUUUUAAGCUAACUGAACAUACCUCGCCUGAACGAUGAGAAAUUGUAGCUGCGCCAUUCUCGCUAAAGUAUGAGGGAUUUUCUAUUACGUACCAAAACAAACACUUAAAUACAGACGCCCAGGAUUUUGUUGAAGGCUAAUUUUGUGACUUUUACUACAGUAACUUAAGGAAUUCAGUGAUAAUAUUGCUUAGGGAAGUUCUUCAUCUCUUCAAGAGACAUUUAAUUCAGUUUUCGCGAAAUGUCCCCGUCAUUAUAUCACUCUGUACCAAAAUCCCAGUGGUACAGGUUAGGAUCUCGUCCUCUCCUGUGCUUGUUGUUCUUUACCCUGGGUUGUACUUUGUCAGUAUGCUUUCUAGGAUCGAUGGAUUGCCCUUCGCCUUAUGUCGAUAAAAUAGUUUCAACAGAUAGAUCUGAUGUUUCAAAUAUUGGCGAUAAAGUCGAUAAAACCAAAAAGCUUGUAGUAUUAAUCAUGUCUGCGCCUGAUAAUGUAAUUAAGAGACAUGCUCUUCGUCUUACAUGGUUGUCAUUGGUAAAUCAUGAGUCGGUGAAAUACUUUUUUGUUAUUGGUAGUAAACACGUGCAAGGGAAUAGUGAAAAUGUAUUGUUAACAGAAGAGGGUCAUUAUUCUGAUCUGUUAAUUUUACCAAAUGUGGAUGAAGGCUAUGAUCUUUUAACAGCGAAACUGCUUGCAUCGUUAACUUGGAUGAGUAAAAACUUGGACUUUGAGUUUUUGUUGAAAGUAGACGAUGAUAGUUAUGUUGACAUCAGACAGCUAGUCAGAGAGCUGUCAAGGAAAACAGAUACUAAGAAUUUAUAUUGGGGUUAUUUUAAUGGCCACGCCCAAGUGAAACAAACAGGGAAAUGGGCAGAACAAAACUGGAACUUAUGUGACCAUUACCUUCCAUAUGCCCGAGGAGGUGGUUACAUUCUAUCUAGGAGGCUCGUGCACUACCUGGCUGAAAAUUCUAAACUCUUGAAUAUUUACAAGAAUGAAGACGUCUCAGUUGGUGCUUGGCUUGCUCCACUAAAUGUUACCCGUGUCCAUGAUCCUCGGUUUGAUACAGAAUGGGCUUCAAGAGGUUGCUCUAAUCAGCAUCUUAUCACUCAUCCGCAAGAAGUCUCUGAAAUUUACAAGCUUCACGAGUCUUUGAGCAAUUAUGGUUUUAUGUGUCAACGUGAAUCUGUAAAGAGGCGUGCAUAUAGCUACGACUGGAGUGUUCUUCCAUCUAAAUGUUGUAAAACACCUUCUGCUUAAUUUGCACCUACCUGUUUAUUAUUUUUUUAAUUUAUUUCUGGUAUAAAACUGAAGUAUUUCAUUCACAUAUUUUAUUGCACAUUUAUCUAUAUUCAGUGUAAAAGCAAUUGCUAAAUAUUUCUUAUAAUUAUUUCAUACCCAAAGACUGAAUUAGUAUAUGAAAUCAAUCAUCCACAAAGCAAUAAAAAUUUACUACUGAUUUAAUCAA